AUGGAGCAAGCGCUCAAGUCCGGCGUCUGGAGGGCCGUGGGGCUGACACCCGCGCACCGCGGCCCUUGGUGCUGGGGGCUGAGGUACCGCUCCACUCGGGAGCGGCGGCCCCCGCCCUUCGCACCGCCAGCCGCAGGAGGGCGUGAGGAAGGGCCACCCCGAGGCAGGGAUGGCGGCGGUCAGCUUCCCCCACCGGCCCUCCCGGAGGUUUCUGGAGCGGUGGCUGACCCCCAUUCCUCCCGCGAGGGCCUGGCCCCGCAGAGCUGGCCACGGCCGUGGCACAAGCGGUACGAGAGAGGGGCCAGGCAGGCUGCGCCAGCCAACGCGGAGUUGUGGAGCUCGCGAGAGGGCGACUUCUCAAAGGCGAGGAAGAGGCUGGAACGAAAGCCUCUGUCCAUCGAGAGGACUAAAGGCUCAGAGAUCUUAUUUGGGAUUGCACCGUGUUCCCUGGCCCUCUCUCAGUCGAGAAGGGACCUGUUCAGGUUGUUCCUCAAGCAGAGCAGCGGCGCUCGGCGGCUUGUUAUGAGUGAGUUUGUCCUUCAGGCCACGGCCCGGGGAGUCCCCGUGCACCACGUCAGGAGGAGAGAGCUGGAUGCUCUUUGCAGAGGUCAGGUGCACCAGGGAGUUUGUUUGGAGGCCACGCCUCUCCAUUUCAAGAGUUUGGAGGAAGCUGAAAAGCCUGAUUCGGGGGAUGAAGAGAGUCCGACCCGACAGCUGAUUUGGCUGGUGUUGGAGCAGAUCCAGGAUCCCAUGAACCUGGGGGCACUGCUGCGCUCCGCGUACUUCUUGGGGGUGGACAGAGUGGUAACAAGCCAGAGGAACAGCUGCCCCUUGACUCCGACAGUGAGCAAAGCUAGCUCUGGAGUUAUGGAAGUCUUCGAUGUCUACAGCACAGGUGAUCUCCGGAGCUUUUUGAAGGCUAAAACUGCAGAAGGCUGGGAAGUCGUGGGAACGGUCAGCAAGCCUGAGGAUGUGGAAGAUGUUCCUGUCGUCAGUUGCUUGGAAUUUCGGUGGAAUAAACCUGUUAUUAUAGUGAGCUUGAGCGAGUCCUCGGUGACAGCGCUGGUCACGCAGGCAGAGGCACAGAAGCCCUUGGUACUGGAGAACAGAUCCAGGGAGACUGGAGUGGGCCAGGAAGGGAAGGCAGGCAGUGAAGGUGACGGACUUUCCUUAGAGACGCAGCUCUUGUGCCAUCGGAUGCUGACUAUACCCGCUGGCAGAGCGCUUCACCCUGGGAUCGAGUCGCUGAAUGUCUCUGUUGCUACUGGUAUUCUCCUGCACUCCAUCUGCAGCCAGAAGCUGAGGCACGGUGAUUGA